AUGAUUAGACAAUAAUUACCAAAUACAAACGAAAAUGAUACAGUACCCGAAUCGAAAAAAAAUUCUCCAACUGAACAAGUCCUAAAGCCACUGCGUUUGGGUUGCUCUCAGUGACGUCUUGACGUCAAUAUCUGGCCGGCCCGAAGACAAAAAACAGAGAGGGUGGCCUGGCGACAAAUCACAAAUGAGAGCAUCUGUGGAAAAUGGUAUCUCGGCGGCGUAAGCGCUCCCGUCUGCACGUGCCUGGCUUAUUCGGCGUCGUGGCGGGCCAGCUCUGAUCCACUGCAAAGAUAAGACCCGAUCGAGUGUAAUCUCCCAGGUCAUCAAGCGUGCAAGAUCGUAACUUUUGCGGUAAAAAAUGGCGAGGCCACACGUUGUGGUUGUACCGUACCCAUGCUCCGGCAACAUCAACCCAGCGUUGCAGAUCGCCAAGCUGCUGCACCGCCACGGCGUGUACGUCACCUUCGUCAACACCGAGCACAACCACCGCCGCGUGCAGGCCACCGAGGGCGCCGGAGCUGUGCGCGGCCGGGACGGCUUCCGCUUCGAGGCCAUCCCGGACGGCCUGCCCGACGCCGACCGCGGCAGGCAGGACUACGGCCGCGGCCUGGCCGUGUCCACGAGCACCCGCUGCGCGGCGCCGCUCAGGGACCUCCUCGCGCGGCUCAACUGCACGCCCGGCGUGCCGCCGGUCACCUGCGUGCUGCCCACCAUGCUGAUGAGCUUCGCCCUGGACGUCGCGCGGGAGCUCCGUAUCCCGACCAUGUCGUUCUGGACGGCCAGCGCCGCCUCGCUGAUGACGCACAUGAGGCUCCGCGAGCUCCAGGAAAAAGGAUACGUCCCACUCAAGGAUGAGAGUUUCUUGACGAACGGCUACCUGGAGACGACGGUCAUCGACUGGAUCCCCGGCAUGCCGCCGACGCGGCUCGGCGACUUCUCGAGCUUCCUCCGCACCACCGACCCGGACGACUUCGGUCUCCGCUUCAACGAGUCGGAGGCGAACAGGUGCGCCGAGGCCGGCGCCGUGAUCCUCAACACCUUCGACGGCCUCGAGGCCGACGUCCUCGCCGCGCUACGCGCCGAGUAUCCGCGCGUGUACACCGUCGGCACCCUGGGCUUGCUCCUCCGCCAGCACCAGCAGGACGACGGCGCCGCCGCCGCCACCGCCAGCGACACCGAGUCCACGACGACCGGCGGCCUGAGCCUGUGGAAGCAGGACGCCGAGUGCCUGGCCUGGCUGGACACGCAGGACCGGGGCUCCGUCGUGUACGUCAACUUCGGCAGCCACACGGUGGUGACGCCGGAGCAGCUGACCGAGUUCGCGUGGGGUCUCGCGGCGAGCGGCCACCGGUUCCUAUGGUCCAUGAGAGACAACUUCGUCCUCGGCGGCGGCGGCCUGGACGCGAUGCCGCCGGCGUUCAAGGCCGAGGCGGCGGCGGGGCGGUGCCACGUGACGGCGUGGUGUCCCCAGGAGCAGGUGCUGCGGCACCCGGCCGUGGGCUGCUUCCUGACCCACAGCGGGUGGAACUCGACGUGCGAGAGCGUGGCCGCCGGCGUGCCCAUGGUGUGCUGGCCGGGCUUCUCGGACCAGUACACCAACUGCAAGUACGCCUGCGAGGUGUGGGGCGUCGGCGUCCGGCUGGAGCCGGAGGUGGAGAGGGAGCAGGUCGCCAUGCGCGUCAGGAAGGUGAUGGCGAGCGAGGAGAUGCGGAAGAGCGCGGCCAGGUGGAAGGAGGCGGCGGAGGCUGCUGCCGGCCCCGGCGGCUCGUCGCGCGAGAACCUGCUGAGCAUGGUGAGAGCGCUCAGCCGCCCACCCAAUGCAACUCAUCAGACGCUCGAUCAAGAGCUCAAAGACCAGUAGUUACAAUUGACCGGAAUCAUGAAGCCCCAAUUGUUGAUGAUCGAUGGGCAUCAAAAAUUUGACUCGCCUAAUAAAGCAAUCGUUGAUUGAUUUUCCACGUUGUUGGAGUUGGUCGUGAUCGAGGAGCGUUCUAGCUGGACACCGCAGUUGGUCAGAGCGCAUGCUGCACCUCCACAGCGGCGAGCAUUCGUGCCAUGACGGCGUGGGCUCCGGCGACGCGGCCAUGGAUGGCGGGCUGCGGCCGACGGUGAGUCCGUGUUUAUAACGUGUGUUUCCUUCUUUGACCUCCCACUUCUUUUGUCUAUCUUUGGCUCGGCUGUUGAUUACCCUCCCUGUCGCUUUCAGUGCGGCAGCAUCACCACAGAGGACACAUCAGGUGCUCGUCAUUCUGAAUUAGCGUCUUGUGUAUAACAUUCUGCACAACAAAACUUGUAACCACAAUUUGUUUUUAAAUAUAUUUUUAAGUGAUUUA